AUGGUCAUCACCAGGAGCCAAGGAGACGCUGCCGAGAUGGACGCCCAGCGCCGCCCAGAGGAGCCGCACCGCUCAGAGGAGCCGCGCCGCCCUGGCACCCCCCGCCGCCUAGAUCAGCGUCGUCCAGACCUGCGCCGCCCAGAGGACCUGCGCCGCCCAGAGGAUCUGCGUCGCCCAGAGGAUCUGCGCCGCCCAGGGGAACAGCAACGCUUGGAAGAUCAGCAGCACAUGGAAGAACAGCAACACCUGGAAGGUCAACCCCGUGUGGAAGAUUGGAGCCAGGGAGCUGAACAAAUUGAACUGGAGCGAAGACGAAGACUGUCUCUGAAUCCACCAGCAUCACCAACCACGCCCCUGGAUACGGAGGUUGGGCUAGGGGCUACGAACGACGCCUCUGCUCCCACAACCUCUGCUGCCUACAGACCCUUGAAGACUGGAGACCGACCCCGAACCAGGUCACCAGGGCAUUCAGUGCGAUCGACGGCAAGCGUGGCUGCUAGAGUACGGCUGGCAGAACUUGAAGCUGCAGAGAAGCUUGCAGCCCUGAGGAAGAAGGAAUUGGAGAUCGAAGCUGAACUCGUCAGAAAGCGACUGGCUGCAGACACCACCAAUAUCCAAGAGGAG